CCAACCACUUAGAGCUGCCAUUACAUGCUGAUUACCCCGCCAAAAACACAGCUCCAACCACCAGCGACAUUCGAUGAAUACGUAGUAGCUACGUGGACGGCCACCGCUGUGAGCGAUUAUAUUUACCCAGUACCCCCCCACCACCCCUCUGUUUACUUCCUCUUCGUCUUCUUGGUCCUUUACUCUCAUACAAAACUACUGAAAACUAUCAUAUUUCAACUCCUCACAGGCCUAUUCGUAAAGCGGCCAAAGUCACGAUAAUCAAUUGACGCAACACACUAAUCUCACACACACCCCACCACCGCAACAAUGGUCCACCUCACAGGCAUUCCCACCGACUCUUCCCUCCAGCCCAGCUCCGCCGUAGACGCCGCGGGCAAAGAGCCCGAGUCCGGCCCCGUCAAGCAUCUCAGUGACCGCCUGGCUAAAGUCGUGCUCAGCGCCCGCGAACAGAGCGCCCAGCAGGCCGGUGAACAGUUUAUGACGUCUGUGUAUGCGAGUCGGUAUGCGGCGCAGGAUUUGCCAAAACACGAGAUGCCGGAGGGCGGUAUGCCAAAGGAGGUUGCGUAUCGCAUGAUUAAGGAUGAAACGAGCUUGGAUGGGAAUCCGAUGCUGAACUUGGCGAGUUUUGUGACGACUUUCAUGGAAAAAGAAGUCGAGGACCUCAUGACCGAGUCCCUAGCUAAGAACUUCAUCGACUACGAAGAGUACCCCCGCACAGCCGAGAUCCAGAACCGUUGCGUAUCCAUGAUCGGUCGCCUCUUCAAUGCCCCCGUCCACGACGACGCAGCUUCAAUCGGUACCUCGACCGUCGGUUCCUCCGAGGCCGUCAUGUUGGCCACGCUGGCCAUGAAGAAGCGCUGGCAAAACAAGCGUAAGGCUGAGGGAAAGCCGUUCGAUAAGCCGAACAUGAUUAUGUCCUCAGCCGUGCAGGUCGUCUGGGAGAAGGCCAUGCGCUACUUCGAGGUCGAGGAGAAGUACGUGUACUGCACCAGGGAGAGAUACGUUCUUGAUCCUAAGGAGACUGUUGACUUGGUCGACGAGAACACCAUCGGAAUCUGCGUCAUCCUAGGCACCACCUACACCGGCCAAUACGAAGACGCCAAAGCCAUCAACGACCUCCUCGACGAGCGCGGUCUUGACACCCCCAUCAACAUCGACGCCGCCUCCGGCGGUUUCGUCGCCCCUUUCGUCGUCCCCGAGCUGGAAUGGGAUUUCCGCCUCUCCCACGUCGUCAGCAUCAACGUCUCCGGCCACAAGUACGGCCUCGUCUACCCCGGUGUCGGCUGGGUCAUCUGGCGUGACCCCGAGUUCCUCCCCAAGGAACUUGUCUUCAACGUCAACUACCUCGGCGCCGACCAGGCCUCUUUCACCCUCAACUUCUCCAAGGGCGCCUCCCAGAUCAUCGGCCAGUACUACCAGCUCAUCCGCCUCGGCAAGAACGGAUACCGCGCUAUCAUGCUCAACCUCACCCGCGUUGCGGACCUGCUCGCUGCCGCAGUCAAAGAUAUGGGAUUCCUGAUCAUGAGUGAUGGCGAGGGCCGUGGUCUGCCGCUCGUGGCGUUUCGUCUUGAUCCUGCCAAGGAGAAGAGGUACGAUGAGUUUGCGAUUGCGCACCAGUUGCGUGAGCGCGGCUGGAUCGUGCCGGCGUAUACGAUGGCGCCGCAUACGGAGGAGAUGAAGAUGCUGCGUGUGGUUAUCAGGGAGGACUUUAGCAGAAGCAGGUGCGAGCAGUUGAUCAGUGAUAUGAAGCUUAGUCUUGGGCUGUUGGAUGAGAUGGAUAAGAAAAUGUUGAAGGAGUACUCGGAUUAUAUUGGUCGCCAGAGGGCGCAUGCACAGAAGAAGCCGGAGGGACAGAGCCAGCAUGACGUGUAUAAGGAUGAGGAGCAUAGCUUGCAGGGGACGACGGGGAAAACCCAUGGAAUUUGUUAGAUGGUGGGCAAUGUGAGCUGGUAGGUAUUCGAAAAAGUUAGCUGGAACUGGAAUGAAUGAAUGGAAGAA